AUGUCCAACUCUUCCACCCUCGAUGCCUCCGCCCAAGUCCCCGGAUACGCCUCCGCCCAUUCCUCCAGCGCCGCCGAACUCGCCAGUCUUAAAAUAGGCCUGCGCGCCGCCCUGCGCCAGUUCCCGGACUUCCCCUCCCCCGGCAUCCUCUUCGAGGACAUCCUGCCUAUCUUCGCGGACCCCGCCCUGCACGAGUCCCUCAUCCGCUCGCUCGAGCUGCACAUUCUCGAGGCCUACGGGGGCCAGAAGCCUGAUGUCAUCGUCGGCCUGGAGGCCCGCGGUUUCCUGAUGGGCCCGAGCCUGGCCCUGCGUCUCGGUGCUAGCUUUGUGCCGGUCCGCAAGCAGGGCAAGCUGCCUGGUCCUUGCGUGACCCAAUCGUAUCAAAAGGAGUACGGCGAGGAUUACUUCCAGAUGCAGGAGGGCGCCAUCAAGCCCGGCCAGAAGGUUAUUGUCGUGGACGAUAUCAUUGCCACUGGUGGCUCCGCCUGGGCUGGCGGCGAAAUGAUCCGCAAGAUGGGCGGCGACCUGCUGGGCUUCAUCUUCAUUCUCGAGCUGGAGUUCCUCAAGGGCCGCGACAAGCUCCCCGCCCCGGUCUACACCCUGCUCUCCGGCCAGGCUUAA